CUUACAAUACAUAUUCUGCAACUGCAGUGCACAGGAUCGGAGACGUGAAACACUUGCCUUCUGCCUGGAUUUGGCGAACAAUCAGAAAUAAACCAUUUGGUCCCAUUUGGUAUAACUUUGUCGAUCCUGCUCGAUAAACGAAGAUGAGAGCAUUCGUAUUUUACUCAACCCUUACCUGUGUGAUGCUUGUAUCGAUGUCCCAUGCCUUAUCUAAAGAUGAAGUUCCUGCCGAUCCUGUGUAUGAUAAGUAUGAAGAUAUGAUUGAAUUGCCUGGAGGAAAGUUCACGAUGGGGUCAUCGAAAGCAGAUGGUAAAGAUGGAGAAGGUGUCCAGAGAAAGGUCACUGUGAAACCUUUUAAAAUCAACAAGUAUCCUAUCACUUCUGCAUCAUUUAGGAAAUUUGUGAGAGCAAAGAAAUACAAGACUGACGCUGAGAAAUACACAUGGAGUUUUGCAUUUGAUGCCUUUGUCCCUGAGGAUAUUAAGAAUACAAUUGAACAAAGGUUACCUAGCACACCUUGGUGGAUUCCUGUUCAAAAUGCUUAUUGGAGACAGCCAGAAGGUAAAGGAAGUGGGAUUGAGAAGCGAUUGAACUAUCCGGCCGUUCAUAUCAGCCAAGUCGAUGCAAGAACAUUCUGUCAGUGGCAUGGAUGGAGACUACCUACUGAAGCAGAAUGGGAGUUUGCUGCACGAGGGGGUCUGGAAGGAAAAGAAUAUCCAUGGGGGAACAAAUAUGAAAAGAAUAGGAUGAACAUAUGGCAGGGCAAAUUUCCCGAAGAAAAUACCAAAGCUGAUGGUUAUCAUGGCGUUGCUCCUGUAGAUGCUUUCGAACCUCAAAAUGAGUAUGGUCUAUAUGAUAUGAUUGGUAAUGUUUGGGAGUGGACAUCAACUAAAUUCAGUGCCAAUCCCAGUUCAAAAGAUGACGCCCCUUCACCAGGAGACGAGGACCCCUCCAAGACUCGCUACGUCCUGAGAGGGGGGUCUUAUAUCGACUCAAAGAACGGGAAGUUUAACCAUGCUGCUAGAGUCACUACAAGGAUGGGUAAUGAAGCAGAUGCCGGCUCAGAUAAUUUAGGAUUCCGCUGCGCCGUUUCAUUACCGACUGGUACGAGUGAGAAGAAGCCAAAGGGAAAGAAGAAGAAUGUGGAUAAAAUUCCGAAAGAGCAGACAGUUACAGAGCUUCCUGAAGGUGCAAAGGUUGUACGACCAAACCCAGCAGAUUUAAAUGGCAAAGGCAAAAAGAAGCAGAAUCGAAAUGAACUAUAAUGAAACUUUAUUUUAGUAGAUUUGUUAUUAACUAAUUCAAUUUUUUUAGCAAUAAGUUUAGAGAAAGAGGUUUUCAGUACUGUCUUUUUCAAAGAUUUGUUUCUAUUUCAUUUAAAAAUUAUUUCAAAAUCUGGGGAUGUAUAGAGAUAACUAACAAUUUUCAUGAUGCAUUGAAUAAAAAAAACAAUCCAUUAAUUGUCCAAAGUAUGAGGCACUUCUUAUGGUAAAAGCUGUGCCCGAUUGCUUGACUUUUAUUCAGUCUAUGUUCAUUUUUCCUUUUGCACAACUACUUCACAAAGAAAAAGAGUAAAAGUUAUGCUACGUUGAGAAUCCUCAAAUCCCUGUAUCUUCUCACAAAUAUGAUAGUUCUUGGAAUUUGAAAAUAUUCAGAAUUUGAAUUGAAAGUUCAACCAUUUUCAUAUGGACCAAUGUUAUUAAAAGGAGGAGGGAAAAUUCAUGUUUUUUUUCCAGUUUAAAUUGAAGGAAUUCAUGUAGUUUAUAUUUAUUACUUAAAGUCAAGUACAUGUACAUGCAGAUUAAUAAACAGAAACCUCCCAUGAAACUUCAUCUGUUAGACAGUUAUUUAUUUCUCUUUUGUGUUGUUUUUGUGGCAAAUGCCACUCUUAUUUUACAUUUUGUCUUCUAAUGGUGCCUUUAACAUUUUACCAAAGUGAAACGGGUUUGUCUGGUAAAUUUGUUAAAAUUUGAAAUACACCUGUGUAUUAAAUGUCUAUUAUUGUGAAAAGUAUAUUAUCAUAUAAUAUUCUUUCCUAAUUCAAAUUUUAAACAUGAAAGUGAGGAUAGGAAAACUGGCCAUUAGCACAUUUUGACAUAGUAGGUUGAAUACCAUGCUGUCUAAAAAGGUUUUUUUUUUCAUUGUGCUUUUGUUUCCUAUUUUGGAAUGGCCAUGCCCAUAUAUGGUGAUAAAAUCUCAGCAACAUUUUUUUAAUGCCUUUUAUCCCAUUAACUUUGUACGCAAAAUAUUUUUGAGCUUUAUUCAACCAUAUGUGAAGGAGGAAAUACGAAAAAAAUGUAUCCCUUGUCCUCUGAGAAUCUUACAAACUUGCCUUUAUUUUCAAAAGUUCUGAUUAGCGUUUUAAUAAAUCGCUUUUAUGGUAUGUGUAGCAGUAUUUUCUGGUCCAUUCCAGCGCAGUAUAAUGUAUUUAUAUACUAGCUACGCUAUAGAAUUUUUUUGAUUUUUAUUGUUUU